AUGUAAAGUCUGAAUAGUUUUUAAUAUGAUCGAGAUAAAAUUACUAAUCCUUAAGUCGAAACAACAAUGACAAAAUAGAAUAUAUAGAUUGAAAGUGAAACCUCUCUUUGUUUAUUAAAUAAUAAGAAAGUUGAAAUAUAAAGUCCUGAUAUUGGUUCUAAUAUAAUAUUUAAGCCAUUUGCUAAAUUAAUAUUAUAUUUCCAUAUUGCAUCAUUUGUGAUUAGAUUUUAAAGAUAUUUUAAACCAGAUGGUUCAUUUAUGGAUAAACAUUUUUCUAUAAUUGGAGAUAAAGGAUCAGGUAAUUCAAAAGAUUUUUUAGCUUUCAAGUCUAAAAAGCCAUCUUUAACUGUAGUUAAUUUUGAAUCCAUUUCUUGGAAGGUUCAUAUACCCUAUUUGUAUCGGCAAUAUAAAAGAAAAUUAGAAUUUUUGGCUAUUAAAUGCUUUAAUUAAAUUCCAUUAAUUGAACCAACAAACAAAAUAAAAAUGAUUUGGGAUAUAUUGCUUAAUCUUAUCAGAAUUGAAUUACUAUACUUAAUCCCAAUCUUAAUAACUUAUGAAAAAUUAUUAGAUUAAUAUCAUAUAAUUUUAAUUAUCGCUUCCUUUUGCUUUUUGAUAGAUAUGGGAUUGAAAAAUAUAACUAUAUACUUUGAUUAAGGCCUUCCAAUAAGAGAUAGAUAUCAAAUUUUACAUAACCAAAAUAUGUUUUUUUGUUUAAUUGAAUUUUCAGGAUUAAUGGGAAUGUUUAUAUUUGCUUUGUUUUAUAAUUUUUAUGAUGAUGUAUUCAUAUUAAAUGGUGGAUAUCUAAAAUUAGUACUUUUAUUAGUAUUCUAUUAAAUAAAGAAUAUUUUAGUAUUUAUUGAUAAUUUGUCUUAAUCAAUGUCAUUUGGUAAAGCAACCUCAGCAAUAAUAGAAUUAACUAGAUUGCUUGGAAUAUAAUUAAUAUUAUAACAUUUAAGUUCUUGUUUAUGGUAUAUUCUAUUUUUAUAUUAGGAUAAUAAUUGGAAGAUAUUGUCUUUAAAAUGGAAUAAAGAAUUGGAUUGAAAUAAGUUAAUUGACAGAAAGUAGUUGGGAUGAUAUUUACAUAGAAUCCCUGUAUUUUAUAAGCAUAUCUAUGUUUACUGUAGGAUAUGGAGAUGUCCAUCCAAAUAGUAACUAGUUUUAAUAAUUUAGAUAAAAUUGAGAAAAUCUUUUCUAUUUUUUUUGUAUUUCUAUGUGCAUUUCAGCUUUCUUAUAGUUUAGAUACAAUAGGACAUUUAUUACAAUAACUGAAAAAGACAAGUGAAUAAAUAAAUAAGAAAUUAACAUUUAUUAAUUAGUAUAUGCAUAACAAGAAUAUUAGUAAGGAACUAUAAGUUUAAGUAAGAGAAUAUUUAUAAUACUUUUGGUAUUAAGAAUAAACUAAACAAACAUUAUAAUAAUAAAAGAUCUUAAAUUAAUUAUCUGAUGAUUUAAGAAGAUCAUUGGCUUAUGAAUCAAAUAUUCUUGUAUUUAAGAAAUGUAAAUUAUUAAGUUAAGAGUUUUCUUAAAAAUUUUAAAAUGAUAUAUUAAAAUAGUUAUCUUUUUCUAAUUAUUAACCUAGUAUAUAAAUAAAUACACAUAUUGAUGGUGAGUUCUUUUUACAUAUAAUUGAAUCAGGGAAAGUUAAUGUAUAUGAGAAAAAUGAAAAGGAUAAUCAUUUAACUUUAAUGGGAACUCAUAAAGAAGGAGAGUGUUUUAAUUUAGAAUAAUUUUUAAAAUAGGAGAAAUAAGAUAGAUUAGUUUACAAAAGUGCUGGUUUUGUUAGUACUUUAGUUAUUCCUUUUAGUUUAUUUUAUUAAACACUAAAAGAUUAUUAAAAUGAUUUAGAGAAAUAUCAAGACAUUAAAAAUUAAAUUUAAUAAUCUUAAAUCUAAUUGAAAUAAUGUGUUUCAUGUGAUUCAAGAAGACAUUAAUCAGAUUUAUGUAGAUAAGUUCACUAUAUACCUGAUAGAGAAAAAGUUUUAAAAUCAUACAUUUAUAAUUAAUGUUAAGAGAGAUAAUUUUUUGUUAGAAAUAGAAAUAGGUUGAAAAAUUACUUCAGUGCUAAAGUUGAUAUAGAAUUUUUGAAGGAAGCAGCAAAUUUAGUUAAAGUUAGUAAUGAGAGUCAUGCAUUUCUUAAAUUUCAAGAUUUAGAAGAAAUUAAUAAUGAUGAGAGUAAACCACAUCUUAAAAUUAAACAUGAUGCUGAUUCUAUUUCUCUUUUAAUUAAAGAAUUUGAGAGUAAAAGUUAUAUACCUGAUGGAAAUUCUGAAUUAAAAUUAUAAUAAUCAUGUUCUCGAUCUAGAGGAUUAAAUUAAGAAGAAUUUAAUGUUAUUUAAAGUAUUAAUUAAAAAUUAAGAAAUAAAUAAUUAUUUACUUCUCAUGAUAUUGAAUAAAUGGAAUUUACAAUUAAAAAAUUAGAAUUAAAUUAUAAUCAUCAAAUUAUUUAGGAUUUUGAAAAAUUAAAAGAAUAUAAAAUAUAUAAUGUUCAUCAUAAUGUUUCAUAAGUAUUAAAGUUCUAAAAUUAUCCUAUACGAAAACUUUAAUAUAAUAAUUCAAAUAGUUAUGAAACUUGUUAAUUAAGUUAGGCUAGUUAUUUAUUAAAAUACUUAUUAUACCCAUUCGAUUUUAUAAAUUAGUAUAGAGUUUCAAACUUGAACGGUAUGAAAAGAAGUGAGAAGAUUUCGAAAGUACAAUAAAGAUAAAGAAGAAUGUCUAAAGAAUUACUAUUAAAAAGAAUAGGUAGAAAACUUAUAUUUAGAAAAGCAUUGCAGAUUCAUCCUGCCAAAUGA